UUCACAAAGAACCAUCACACCAAUUAUUUCCUCAUCCAGUCCUCUGUCACCAGAUAGUUCUACUAGUACAGGUUCAUAUUCUACAGAGAAUGAUUUUUCUACCAGUGUAACCAUCCAUAACUCUACAGCAAAUAACACAGAUUCCAGCAUUACAACCUAUCCCAGUACUUCAAAUAACACUGAUUCAAACACUACAGCAGAUCCCAGCAUUUCAUCUGAAAUAUCACCUGGUUCAACAUCAAGAACAGCAACCAGUCCAACAGAUAUUGCAGCAGCAAAACCAACAAACAACGAUUUAUUGUUGAUAGUUGGUUGUGUUGUUGGUGGACUGGUGUUGAUAUUCAUACUAGUAACUGUCUGUGUUUUAUUAAGAGUACGAAGAAGGAAAGCUAAUGUUUUACAACAGAAUGUCCACGUGCAUAUUAACAAUACUGUUAACAAUACUACUCCAAAUUACUUCGUACUAGAAAGUUUGAAUAGCCAGGAUGAGGAUGUUAAACAUGAUAAUAUUAAUAUCAAUUCAUCGAACAUGACAGCAGGUCAUACACCAGAAUAUGCCGUUGUGAAUAAGACCGGAAGAAGGUUUAAUGUGACUGAAAUGAAUCCACCUAAUCAAGCAACAAAGAGCAAUGCAACUGGUGUGUCAGAUAUGGAAAUACUAGAGAACGAACUCUAUAUACCCUACGAGGCACCAAACAAUCCAGAUGACACUGCUACUGCAGCUUCUACAACCAAUAAUAUGCCACAACAUCGACCAUCUGGAGAUAUGGAAAUACUAGAGAACGAACUGUACAUACCAUUCGAGGCAUAUCAAAAUCCAGAUGACACCAGUGCUGUGGAGUCUACAAGCAAUAAUAUACCACAACACCGACCAUCAAGAGAUAUGGAAAUACUCGAGAAUGAACUGUACAUACCUUACGAAGCAUCUAACAAUCUAGAUGACACUGGCGCCGUGGCGUGUGCAACCAAUAAUAUACCACAAAACCGACCAUCAAGAGAUAUGGAAAUACUCGAGAACGAACUGUACAUACCUUACGAAGCAUAUAACAAUCUAGAUGACACUGGUGCUGUGGCGUGUGCAACCAAUAAUAUACCACAACAAAGACCAUCAGGAGAUAUGGAAAUACUAGAGAAUGAACUGUACAUACCAUACGAAGCAUAUAACAAUCCAGAUGACACUGGUGCUGUCGUGUCUACAAGCAAUAAUAAUAUACUACAACAUCGACCAUUAGGAGAUAUGGAAAUCAUGGAGAAUGUUGUUGAGGUUUCAAAACCUAUGACAAGUAGUGUAUAUGAUAAUGCAUCCGACUACGGGACAAAGCAAAACGUUGCUACACCCGACAUGGAAAGCCGGACAAAAGAAAACGUUUCUAUAUCUGAAAUGGAAAUAAUAGAAAAUGAUUUAUAUGUUCCUUUUGAAGACACGGAGAAAGCUGUUUACGACAACGCGGCUGAAGCCCAAAAUGAUGUAUAGGUUCCAUUCGAGAAAACACAAGCAUGAUUUCUGUUCUGUGGAUAAUAUGAUAACGCCUAUGAAUCCGUAAUUGCCCAAACACAAACAAUUGUAAUCCAAAAUACGAGCAUUGGGUCUUGUGUACGGAUUCGAAACUAUGUCUAAAAAGUGCGUCACAAAAGUUGCUUUUAUAUAUUUAAGUACACUGUUGUCAACCUAUUGACAACACCCCUCCCCCUUACAAACAAUCUCCAUAGUAACAGAUUAGUAAAUGUAUAUACAUGUAUGAUUAAUAUAGUAGUUUCCUAAAAUCAUUGUACA